AUGUUGACAGGCGCAAGCGCUAAUGGCAAGAAGUUGUCGCCUUUGAUUGUAUUUAAAGGCAAAUUUGUUUGGGAUCAGUGGAUGGCUGAACUGGUUGGUGGUGAUUACGAUUUCGAAUUAUCGUAUGCAGCCAGUACAAAAGGGUGGAUGGAAACAGACGUUUUCUAUAAUUAUAUAGAAAAAGUUCUUAUCCCAAGUCUGGGCGAGGAGCGCCCGGUUCUUAUAGUUUAUGAUGGUCACUCAACUCACGUCCAUGUAAGAGUUGUGGAACUAGCAAUACGAAACCGUAUCACAAUUCUUAAAUUACCGCCACAAACAUCACAUUUGCAGCAGCCUAUUGAUAUAGCAGUAUUCAAGUCAAUAUGGGAUGCCAAACUGGUAGAGUAG